UAAAAAAAUGGAAAUUAAUAUAUGAAAAAGUAAAAUAUUUUCACUUUUUUCUAUUAAAAUAAAAUUAUCGGCUAUAUGACUUAAGACUUUCUUUAAGAAAUUCAAAAACAACAAACAGACGAAUAAUUUCCUUCCACGCGGUAGAGCAACUCCUCGUUCAUUUCUCUGCCCCAUCCGGAAACUGCCAUGUCUUUUCACUUGCUGACAUUUUUCCACACUCUAAUCCGUCCCUUAACAUCACCCAAUAGAUUGACUUGGAAGGUAGAGGGAGACCAAGUCUUUUGGGCGAAUUGGACCGCGGAUGAGAAGAGAAAAAGCCAGCAGACUGUACUUUCUUCUUCUUCUUCUGGUUCUGCGUUGGCUCUGAUCAUCUUCUGAUCCAUAUUGAUGCAGAGAGAUAUGGAGUUCGGGCAGUCUCCCCAGCUCAAUAGGGUUGUUAUAAUCACUCUUCCACCACCUGAUAAUCCUUCUCUUGGGAAAACCAUUACCGCUUUCACGCUCUCCGAUCCACCACUUGACCGUCCCCACCACACCCAUCAACAACUUCAGCGCCAACAACACCAGGAAGAGGAGGAGGAAGAAGAAGAAGAAGAAGAAGAACCCCAUCAGCUCCCAAGUCCAUCGCCCCCGAACCCUGCGCUCCAGUUCUCUGUCAGAAAACUCUCUCUUGGUAACCCAAGAAUCCUUUUGGGGUUUCUGGGUGUCUCUCUUUUUGUGUUUCUUUUGUGGAAUUUUGCAUCUUCAAGCCCCCUUGUUGAAUUGCGCCGCAAAAACGAUGAUCGCGAACCCACUUCUUUUAUCUUGCCUUUGUAUCCCAAAUUGGGUUCUCGAUCACUAGGGGAUUUGGAGCUCAAAUUGGGGAAGUUUGUGGACUUUCAUGUAAAUGAUAUGAAGCCCGGAGGGAUCAACAAAUUGGCUACUUCUGUCUCUGCUUUCGAUUCAUCUACCAUUUUCCCUGUUAGGGGCGACGUUUAUCCAAAUGGCUUAUAUUUCACACACAUUUUUGUUGGGAGUCCUCCAAGACGUUAUUUUCUUGACAUGGAUACCGGCAGUGACUUAACAUGGAUUCAGUGUGAUGCUCCAUGCACUAGCUGUGCCAAGGGACCAAAUCCUUUGUACAAGCCCAAAAAAGGCAACUUAGUACCGUUGAAGGACUCAUUGUGUGUAGAAGUUCAGAGAAACCUAAAGACAGGAUAUUGUGAGACUUGUGAACAGUGUGACUAUGAGAUAGAAUAUGCAGAUCAUAGCUCCUCAAUGGGUGUUCUUGCAAGUGAUGAUCUUCAUCUAAUGCUUGCAAAUGGAUCACUGACCAAGUUAGGCAUUAUGUUCGGGUGUGCAUAUGAUCAACAAGGCUUACUUUUAAACUCUCUGGCAAAGACUGAUGGAAUCCUUGGACUUAGCAAAGCUAAAGUUAGCUUACCUUCUCAAUUGGCAAGCCAAAGGAUCAUUAACAAUGUGCUUGGUCACUGCCUUACCAGUGAUGCAACUGGUGGUGGAUAUAUGUUCUUAGGUGAUGACUUUGUACCCUACUGGGGUAUGGCAUGGGUACCCAUGCUUAACAGCCAUUCCCCAAAUUAUCACUCACAGAUUAUGAAAAUAAGUCAUGGAAGCAGGCUGCUUAGCUUAGGCAGGCAGGAUGGUAGAACAGAACGGGUAGUUUUUGAUACCGGCAGUUCUUACACAUACUUUCCAAAAGAAGCAUAUUAUGCUUUAGUUGCUUCUCUUAAAGAUGUUUCUGAUGAAGGGCUCAUCCAAGAUGGGUCAGAUCCUACAUUGCCUGUUUGUUGGCGAGCUAAAUUUCCAAUAAGAUCUGUGAUAGAUGUGAAGCAGUUCUUCCAGCCUCUAACCCUUCAGUUUAGGAGCAAAUGGUGGAUUGUCUCCACAAAAUUCCGGAUUCCUCCAGAAGGCUACUUGAUAAUAAGUAAUAAAGGCAAUGUGUGCUUGGGUAUCCUUGAUGGAAGCAAUGUGCAUGAUGGAUCCACAAUUAUACUUGGAGACAUCUCAUUGCGGGGAAAAUUGGUGGUAUACGACAAUGUGAACCAGAAAAUUGGGUGGGCACAGUCCACUUGUGUGAAGCCACAAAAAAUUAAAAGCCUUCCAUUCUUCUGACGAGAGUUUGUAGGUAACAUGGGAAGAAUGCGGUAUAGCCUAUAGAUUCGGUUCCUUCUUUGUAGAUAUCCAGCUGACUACCUCUGCGUUUUUGUGGUGAAUCCCUCCAUACUUACAUACGAUACUAUAUGUAUAUAAGACAAGCAAAUAUGUAAGUUUUGAGACAAAUGUUUUUUUCUUUUUCCCGUUUUAUGACUAUAAAUUGUAAGGUUUGCAGGAUAUUCGACUUCUAUGUAAUAAUUAUUUUCACACCUUGACGAGCCA